AUGUCGACUAUACUGGUUACAGGGAGUUCCCGGGGCCUUGGCCUUGAGCUGGUGAAGCAAAUGGCUUCACAAACUUCGGAGACACUCGUCAUCGCAGCUGCACGAAGAUGUAGCCCAGCCCUCGACGAGGUUAUCGCAAACGCAGGUGGGCGCGUGUCGUUUGUGCCCCUGGAUAUUUCUGAUCUGGUGAGUAUCACCCGGUCCGUCCAGCUAGUCAAAUCAGCCCUCGACCAGCGGAGCCUGGAUAUUCUUAUCAACUGUGCCGGUGUACAUUCGGAAACCCACGGUGGCGUAGCCCUCAUGUCUGACCUUGAGUAUCAACUAUCGGUGAAUGUGUUGGGUGCCCACAAUGUGAUUCGGUCGUUCCUUCCCCUGAUGGAAGGUGGAGAAGUGAAGAAGAUCAUCAACAUUUCGACUGCCUAUGCAUCCAUGACUCGAGCCGCAGAAGUAACCUACGCGCCUUGCCCGGCCUACAAGAUCAGCAAAGCGGCACUUAAUGCCCUGACUGUGCAGUAUGCCAUGUCCUACCAGGAUCAAGGCUACAUCUUUCUGGCCAUCAGCCCAGGGUGGCUACGAACGGACAUGGGUGGUACGAAUGCUGACCUCACGGUCGAAGAGGGAGCCAAGGCUGUUGUGAACGCCGUGAUGUCUGCGGAUAAGGAAUGCAAUGGGCGGUUCCAGAAUAUCCAUGUGCCGGGAUGGAAGGGUUACGAUGGACAGGACAUUCCGUGGUGA